AUGCGCACUCAGAAGGUUGUUCGACUGGACGAAAAGAUGAAGAAGCAAGGAUCUGCUGACGUCUUUCACGUCGCCGGCGCCUCGUCGCCGAGCGCCGAGGUCACCUCGCGGGCCAUGACGGUGGCCGCACCUGCCGUACAUCUUCGCGUCACCUACGACGCUGCAACUGCACCAUCCGGCUCGCACGACCGGCCCGCCUCACGGGCACGUUCCACGAAAGCCCAAACUGUUGAAGUGGCGCGAUAUUUGCCACCCGUCCAGUUUCGGGUAAAUGUGCCCAUGAUGGGGACUGACACCGGUGGCUUCGAAGACCAUGUUGCAGUGUCACGCAGGCAACGCCGGAAUCGAGCGCCGAACGUGGCGACGCCCGCACCGAUGAGCCGGCGCCGUGAUGGGUGGGAGCAGCAUCAAGAAAGUGAAUCUGCCCGUGCUUCGUUAUCUUCGCUUGACACGGUCACGUCCGUGCCGGACUUCGCCUGGCCAGAGUCCCAAACGACGCUGUCGGCCAGGACCGAGCCUGCUGGACGCAACGCCAUGGGCGAUGACUCGCCUGCUGUCCCGAAAACAAGUGUCCGGAAGGACGCUACAGGCUCUCCGUUGACAUCGUGGUCUAAUGUCUUAUCGCAUUCGAGGGGCCAUCCCGACCACGAUGCCGACCGCAGUCGCGUCGCUGUGACGCACUUCAAGCGCGAUGCACAUGUCAGCGAGUUGCGCGCACGGGAACGCGGAACGCCGAUGGCAGAACACGGCGAAGAGCAAUCUCAUUACCGGCGUACCAGGACCUGCAAAAUUUCCACGGACGCAGGGCGCGGCAAGAAGCAUGAAGAGCGUCGAGACUGGAAACCAGCCUUCGACCGAGAAGGUGAGGAAAUCAUAAAUUACAAGAGUUGCGACAGUUCUAGCUUUGGUGGUCGCCUGCAGAGAAGCGGAGUCUGCGAGGAAAGCGAGACACUCAAGAGAGACAGGCAGUCGAAUCAUCUAGAUGAUCGGAGAGUUUCUUCGGAAAAGUACUGCGACCAGUACUCGAAAAAAGGCGGGAGACGACGACACAAGGAGGACAGAACGGCGGGAAACGUACAUCACGACUACGAGAAGGUGCAGUGGAGAUUCGACACCUACGAUGACCGGAGUUCGUAUCACGGCGAGAAAUUGCGACUGGAUUAUGAGCCUGACCAUUUCUACAAAAUCCCAGCUCAGCGUUCGAUGGGAGCAAGUCCUGAAGAACGAAAGAAACCACAUCGGUUGGUCCAUGCUGGCGACUGGCGUGACUACCGCUCCAAUGACAACUGCCGACGAUUGCACGGAACUUCAGCGGAACCCUCUAUGUGUGAACAAGAACGGUGGACUGAGCCAACCUACCUCAGACGCGAGCCAAGCACUUACUCUUGGGACUCGCGAGAAGGUAACAAUUUUAGCAGCCAUUCGGAAUUCCGAGGCUUUGACAGGUCUGCCGGUGUCUUCAACUACCGAAGUUGCACUGACAUGUCCUCUGACUACAACCGCGUGGAUUCCGGGAGAAGAUGCGACGGCUACAGCCAUUACGGCUACGCUUCACGUUCACAGUCCGUAGGCGCGUACUAUGAUUCGUUGUACUGGACCAACCCAGCCUACAAGCAUCAAAUGGACGCGUUCUAUUCCAGUCUAGGCUACAGCACUGCUCAGUUAAAUGACUGGAAGACUGAAAGCGCCGGUCCAUUGCCCGCCGAUGCGCAGUCGCCCAAUAGCCAGAAUUUAGCCGCCAACGUUACCCGGAAAGACGAACCCCGGCUUCAAGAAAUGUUCAAGUUCCCGCGACCGCACCCUGUUGUAAGUUUCUUCGGCGCCAAUGGCCUGGUGAAGCUGGUUCCCACCGUUAGCGGGAAUACGCUGCCACAGCUCGUCGAACUUCAUAGCCUCACGCCCAUGUUGCAGAAAGACCCCGACUUUCGCGAACUUGAGGCGUUUCCAGGACCGUUGAUUAGAUUCGAAACGCACAAGGAAGACGUGAUCCACUACUGCAAGAACAAGAUCGCGUCAUUUGCUAGAAUCCACGUCUUACCCGACAGGUCGUCUCACGUUCUACUCUGGGAGCUGCUUGUGCUCAUGCUCAGACAAAACGGGCUGGUUUCGGGCACCGAGAUUGCAGAGCUUCUCGUUAGGGAUUACGAAACGCUGCAGCCGACGCCUUCCGUGCUGUGUUCCCGGCCAACGUGCGAUGGAGAUGCGGAUGUUUCAUCUAGGAGCUCCGGCGUUUGUACCGGCUCCUCUUUUGACGAGGACAUCGUGGUGUGUGACGGCAGCCAGCUCCGAACCACCACCACUAGUUACUCGAUUGCCAAGUUCCGCGAGUAUCUGUUCUUCGGACGCAAGAAGUGUGCUUUGGAGUGGGCUGUGGAGCACGGCCUCUGGGGCCACGCUCUUUCGUUGGCCUCUAGGAUGGACGCCAAAACUCACGCAGCCAUGAUGACUCGCUUCACCAACGCUCUGUCCCUGAAUGACCCUCUACGUACGCUGUACGAGCACCUGUCUGGACGGCAGCCCGCCGCCGCCUCUCUGGUUGCCUCUUUGAAAUGGGGCGACUGGAGGCAUCAUCUGGCUAUGAUCCUCUCCAACGCAUCGGGAAGUCCGGAAGCGGAUGCCCGAAACGUCACCACCCUCGGCGACGCUUUAGCCAGUUACGGCUGCUUGGCGGCGGCCCAUUUCUGCUACCUGGUCGCCCACGUCGAGUUUGGAUCGUAUUCUCUCAAAUCCAGCAAGAUCGUGUUGCUCGGAGCCGAUCACCGGAUGCUCCCGUUUCGCAGAUUUGCGUCCAAUGAAGCAAUUCACUGCACCGAGAUUUAUGAGUACGCCCGUUCCCUGUCGGACCCAAGCUACGCCCUUCCUCACUUGCAGGAGUACAAGCUUCUCCACGCCACGCGACUCGCCGAGUAUGGUUUUGUUGAAGAGGCGCUUCGCUAUUGCGAGGUUCUGGCAGUGGCAAUGGCGCAGGAUUGCGUGUCGGAGCAGCUAGCGGCGCAAACGUUGGAGCUGGCGAACAGGCUGAAGUACCACGUGCCAAAAUUGAGCCUAGAGCAGACAGAGCUGCGGAAGAUCGACGAAGCUCCUUGGUUGGAUGUCCUUGCCCAAAUAACUUCAAAGCAUCCUAGAGUAGCUGAGAAUGAGGUGAUGCCCCUGGUCGGAGACAACAGCACACUUUAUGACUUAGACAGCGAAGAAAUAAGGCUCAUGGCUGAGAUACUGAGUUCAGACAGUGGUUUUCAAAGUCACCCAAUCUUUUCGAGUGGUUCGGACUUUUUCGCAUGCGACGAAGAUGAUUAUGCUCUGCGGCAACCAGAAGAAUAUUUCAGCGCUUACAAGGACACCUCGGCAUGCAAUUGUGUUUCGCCACCAACAGAACAGCAGAACCCGUUUACGGAAGAGUGUUCUGCCAUUGACGCGUCUCAAAUUCAAAUGCCGGUCGUUUUUUCAUACAAUGAGACACCUCGACAAACUGUCGAAUUUAGCGAAUCACCACUGCCUCACUUGUCGACAGCACCACAGCCUUCAGACGAGCACCACUUCGCAGCCACGUGCUCUCUCAGCCCCAAGUCACAAGUCGAAGUAGAGGACAAGUCGCCGCUUGAAGAUUCUCGACCGCUGCCAUCUUCGCCUCCCGGAAUGAAUUCCGCUCGAUUUGACUGCUACAGUGCUCCAGCUUCAAGUCAUUCGCAACGCCCCGUAACUUCGACCCAGGGUUGCAUUAGUGACGUCAGCAGCAUUACACCGCCUGUAACCACGCAUCUUCAGUCGGGGAACUCGCAGUCAACGCCAGGACCUGCCAGACAGGUGACUGAUAACUCACGAGAGGCCACCAGGAAGAGCUGGCUGGAGGCCAUCUUUCAGAAGCUGACCCCGAAGCAACCCAACCAGAUCAUUCUUCCAGACGACACUGACCCCUGCAUUGUGUGGGACGAAGAAAGAAAGUGUUGGGUAGACAAAAAUGCUCCCCCGGGCGAAACGAGUCAGCUGGUGGCUCCGCCACCUACGGACUCUAGUUUUGGAGGCCAGCUGAAUUCGUACAGCAACGGGCAAGGACAGCGCCGGUAUCACUUGAGCAAGCAGCGCUCUUCGCGCCGGCGCUAUGUGAAUCUGCUUAACGCAGACAGUAAUAAGGCGUCUGGUGACUGUUCCUUGAUGUCGGCGGCGGUUUUAGAUCAACCGACUACCGCGCAAGGCGCGCCCCAGUUCUUCUUUCCCCAACCUACUAGUCAAAUGUAUGACAACUCCAGCAGUGACUUUGUUUCGAGUGCUCCCACACUGGACCAUUCAUCGACCCCGGCUCCGUCGUUAUCAGAGGCAUCGGCACACUACGAUUGGCCAUCGCCCAUGCCUGCGUCAACGCCCAUGCCUGCGUCAGCGCCCGCGACGUUCAGCCCGGCCUCUUGUGCAAAUGAAGCCGUAUAA